UAAUGGCAACGCUGUUCUUUAAGAAAUGCAUGGCAACAAGUCUUUGACCCAUUCUGACGAUCCUACUGACCGUGGGAUUCCCAGAUGAUUGUCGCCAGAGAAUUUGUAAGUUGAGGUUACAAGUGUGUCGUUUCUAAAUUUCUCGAUUCUCUCCAUCAAUACGCUUGUAAUCAGUGAUAAAAUCCUUGCCAGUAGUUUUGCACAAAAACAGUUACAAAAUGAGCAAAACUCCGGUGUCCAUUCUUCAAGAGAUGAUGGUGAAAAAAUGUUCAAUACCCAACUAUGAGCUUAUCCACAAUGGAGGCGGGUCACAUGAGAAUACUUUCACCUAUCAAGUUACGUGUGACGGUCUGUCUGCAACUGGAAUGGGACGUUGUAAAAAAGAUGCCAAACACGAAGCUGCCAAAGCAAUGCUAGAAACUAUUGCUAAAGUAAAUGGUUAUCCCCAACUACCGGCAUCCCCGGCUCAGUCACCGAAACAUAAUUCUUCAACAGCGGAGGCUCCCACUGCAGCACAAACAUCAUCGAAUACGGCAUUUAUCAACGCAAUAGGAACAUUGCAGGAACUAUGUGCAGAUAACAAUUUGCAAGAACCUCGCUACGAGAAUGUUAGCGAUGUUGGGCCACCUCAUGCAAGAGUUUUUACAAUUCAUUGCAUAGUUUCAACUUUUGUCGAACGAGGUAUUGCGACUACUAAGCGACAGGCAAAACAUGAAGCCGCUAAGAAGAUGAUGGAUCGCAUCACGGAUGUAGUCGCUGGGAAAAUCCGAGAUAUUAGCAUCUAUAUGAAAAACGAGAAAACUGAGUAUGAUGAUGAAUUAGACAAUGUAGCAAUAUCCCGGUAUCCCGAUUUAACUAAAUUGCCGACUAUAAAAAAGCCUAAUUUGGGAGUAAAAAUAUCUGAGUACCAUAUAAAAGUGAAGAAUACCUUAGAAAAUAAUGUUAGGCACGAGGCAAUCGGAAAGCUUGUCAAUUUGAUUAAUGAUGCCAAGUUGAAGUCUGAUAGCGAAUCGUCGUAUGAAACAAUAUGUUCAAAGUUUAGAGAAAUAUUAAUACCUCUAAAUAUUGAGAUGAACGAAAUUCGCUUGAACACUACUAAUAACGCUGGUUACGUUGCGGCCUUAAGCUUGGACACGAGUCCAGCAUUAAUCGAAAUGAACUAUGGAGAUGAAGAAGUAAAGGCAAAAAUCGGAGCCAUUAUUAAAGUAGCCACUACUCUGCAUAUGCUGCUAGUAUGAUUUCAAAUUACCGGCAGCAAAAGCUCGAACGUCGGUUAUCGCACUAUGCAAGAUUAUUCGUUGAAUGAAAUAAAUGUACAGUUACAAGCUGCAAAAUGGAAGCCGCCUUGCUGCAAUCGAAUAUAUACAUAUACAUACAUAUAUAUAUAUAUAUACAUUAAUGAUGAUUUUUAAUUGCAGUGACUAGACGCCAUAUUUCUUGGUGCAUCUAUAUAAAAAUGCGUUGACAUUUCGAUUUAUAGCCAUUGAUUUGAAUAAAAUGAUGAGAGAGAUUAUACAGUGACUAUAAUGUAGAAUUUUUUAAGUGCUCCUCAAAGCUUAUGAUAUAAUACUUCUAUAAACAGAGAUAUAAAUUUGCAUUACAAUUUUUUGUGUGCAAGAAUUCUCGGUUGCUUGGUGAAUCUUUUUUACAGCGGUAUUUAUCCAAUUAAAUGUUUUCUAUAAAAAAUUUACAAUUGUUAUAAUAUUCUUGAGAUUUACUAUAUAAAAAGUUACUUACAGUGAAUUACAUUUUUAUUUACGAUUUGCUUGUAUUAUUAUGGUCCUUAUUUGGCACAUUUUUUAAUAGUCAUAGUGUCCACCUAAUCGGGUCAAAAUUUAUUUUAAAAUAUCUGUUUUUUUAACAAAAUAACCCAAAUAAGGACCGCUCUAAUGUGCGUAUUGUAUUUCAUGUGUAUGAAAUAUUUUAUCUUAGCUUAGCGCUGAUGUACAGUAAAU